UUGUGCUUUGAUCUUCUUCUUCUCUUGGAUCUCUCACUGAAAAGAUAGCACUAGCACUAGCACUAGCACUAGCACUGUUCUCCAGGUGAAGUGAAAGGAGGAGCAGAGGUACUUUCAAUUCAAGUGUUUCAAUCAUCUGAAUUUUGUGCAGCUUUUUGGUGAAUUGAUUGAGAAGAAGAGGAAAUCAUGGAAAUGGGGGAUGAUUGUUUGGAGAGUUUGAGAGAAGGGGUUGAUGGUGGUGAGUAUGCAAUGUGGUUUGGAAUCUCAUGCGCGUUUGCUGCGCUUGGUGUUGUAGAGAUGGAAGGGAAGAGGUUGGAGUUGUCGGAGUUGAUGAUGAGAGGAAGUACGCAGUUGUUGGGGUUGAUGGUGGAGAGAAGGCAGAGAAAGGUGGAAGCUUUGGAGGAGAAGAUGAAGAGGGCGGAGAUGGAGGUGAAGGAGAUGAAGCUGAGGAGAAGAGAGGAUGCGAAGGCUAAUGAAAAGGUCGUUGCUAUCUUCGCGUCGCAUGAGCAGAGCUGGAUCGCGGAGAGGAAGAGAUUAGGGUUUCAGAUCCAAACGCUAGUGCGGGAGUUGAGGGGGAGCAAGGAGGUGGUGGAGGAGAAGGAAGGGGUGAUUAGGGCUAAAGAUGAGGAAUUGGAGAAGGGAUUGAAGGAAAGGAAGGAGCUUGAGGAGAGAAUGAAGAAGGAGGAGGAGGAGCACUCGGCGGAGCUUUGGAAGCAUAAGACGGCGUUCAUGGAGCUCGUUUCUGAUCAGCGGCAGUUGGAGGCGGAGAUGGGGCGUGUGCUCCGGCAGGCGGAGACGGCGAAGAGGGAGCUUGAAGAGUUAUCGGAGAAGAAGGAGGAGGCGGUUGCCAUGGUUGAUAAGCUCUCCGAUGAGAUUCUCAAGCUUCAAAAGGAUGCAGAACAGAAGGAUAAGAUCCUUUCUGCUAUGCUGAGGAAAUCUAAGAUCGAUUCAGCUGAGAAACAGAUGCUUUUGAAGGAGGUGAAGAUCUCUAAAGCUAAGAAGAAGCAAGCUGAGAUGGAGAUGGAUAGGUGGAGGAGCUUGUGUGAGUCUAGGAACAAGAAGAGCUUGAGAGCUUUGCCAUUAAUGGAGGCAGGGAGCUCCAGAGCCAACAACAGUGAGACCUCCAUUACUGAAACUGAGAGCUUUGAUCACUGCUCCAGUUGUCAAGUGAAUGCUGAACUUGGUUGUGUAGAUGAUAUGCAGAAAUUGAGAGAUUGGGUGAGAAUGGAAGCAGAGAAGUAUGCAAUGGUUCUUGAACAGAGGCAUUAUGCAGAGAUUGAAGCAUUUACAGAGCAAAUGAGGCUCAAAGAUGAGAAGCUUGAAGCUUUCAGAUGGCAGUUGCUCAGUGUGGAGCUUGAAGCAAAGCAGUUGCAAUCUCACAUUGAAGGCCUUGAUGGAACUGUUUCUCAGUUCAGGGAUGAGAAUCUCAGAUUGGAAACUUUGUUGUUGGAGAAGGAAAAGGAAUUGAAGCUGUUGAGAGAUCAGUUGGAUUUCUAUAAUGUUCAGCAUUAUCAAAAGAAGAAAGAGAGGAGCUCCGGUGAUAGCUCUAUGAAUGAUUUUGCCUCGCAGGACAAUCAAGUUGAUGAAUUCUAUGUAGAACAAUGCGAGGAGACAGCUAACAAUUUAAUCUUGACAAGCAAAAACAGCGAGGAAAUCGAAGAAGAGAAAGUGGUCAGUAUUGAUCCUGGUCAUAUAACAUCACAGAAUAACUCAAAAGAGCAGAGUGUUGCAAUUGUGAAGAACAACAAUUCAUGGAAGAUGGACAUUCAUGCUCUUGGUAUAUCUUACAAGAUCAAAAGGUUGAAGCAACAACUUAUAGUGCUCGAAAAACUGACCGGAGAACAAGCAAUGAAACAGACAGCAACAGCAGAUGAUUCACAGCGAAAAGUUGGCGCCGGAGGAGAAAACAAGCAACAGGUUAAAGGGUUACUCUUACUGAUAUCUUUGCUCAAUAAACAAGUGAAAAGGUAUCAGUCUCUCGAAGAGAAAACUGAUGAAUUGUGCAGGAAAAUGAAUGAGAGUCACAGGACAGUCGGAAAACGAGAUCAAUUCAACAAUGGCAAAACAAAAGAGCAAACAGAAACACUUCAGAAAUUCCUUGAAGAAACAUUUCAACUGCAGAGAUUCAUGGUUGCAACUGGUCAGAAGCUAAUGGACAUUGAAGCAAAGAUUGCAUGUAGUUUUGUGGGAAAUGUUGGAUUAGAUGAAUCUUCAGGAUUUAACAUGAGCCAGUUUGCAGACAUUGUUAAGAAUUUAUUCAAGGAAGUACAAAGAGGAUUAGAAGUGAGAAUUGCCAGGAUAAUUGGAGACUUGGAAGGAACACUAGCUUGUGAUGGUAUUCUUUAUAGAUGAGAUUUGAACAUGAACUCCAUUGUUUUCCUUUGAAACAGAGCACAUAUAUAUAGAUAAAAUAUAUAUAGAUUGAAAGAUAGAAGUUUUCAUUGUUUGUUUGUGUAACAAAAGAUGGCAAUGAGGAGAAGGAUGGCUGAUUUUUUGGCCAUUGUUUGAUGUUCCUUGCCUCUAAUUGUUGCUUCUCUUUGUAAAGAAAAUUGGAAAUGAAUAUGACUCUUGUGCAAUAUCCUUUUUAAUUCA